AUGAUAUCCGUCAGUUCAGUCCACACAAAUGACUCCACUGGUCACAUAAAUGACUCCACCGGCCACACAAAUGACUCCACCGGCCACACAAAUGACUCCACCGGCGAUACAAAUAAAUCCACCGGCCAUACACAUGACUCCACCGGCCAUACAAAUGACUCCAGCGGCCAUACAAAUGACUCCACCGGCCACACAAAUGACUCCACUGGUCACAUAAAUGACUCCACCGGCCACACAAAUGACUCCACCGGCCACACAAAUGACUCCACCGGCGAUACAAAUAAAUCCACCGGCCAUACACAUGACUCCACCGGCCACACAAAUGACUCCACCGGCCACACAAAUGACUCCACCGGCCACACAAAUAAAUCCACCGGCCACACAAGUGACUCCACCGGCCACACAAAUGACUCCACCGGCCAUACAAAUGACUCCACCGGCCACACAAAUGACUCCAUCGGCCACACAAAAUACUCCACCGGCCAUACAAAUAACUCCACCGGCCACACAACUGACUCCACCGGCCACACAAAAUACUCCACCGGCCAUACAAAUAACUCCACCGGCCAUACAAAUGACUCCACCAGCCACACAAAAUACUCCACCAGCCACACUAGUUACUCCACCGGCCACACAAAUAACUCCACCGGCCACACAACUGACUCCACCGGCCACACAAAAUACUCCACCGGCCAUACAAAUAACUCCACCGGCCACACAAAAUACUCCACCGGCCACACAAAAUACUCCACCAGCCACACUAGUUACUCCACCGGUCAUACAAAUGACUCCACUGGUCACAUAAAUGACUCCACCGGCCACACAAAUGACUCCACCGGCCACACAAAUGACUCCACCGGCGAUACAAAUAAAUCCACCGGCCAUACACAUGACUCCACCGGCCACACAAAUGACUCCACCGGCCACACAAAUGACUCCACCGGCCACACAAAUAAAUCCACCGGCCACACAAGUGACUCCACCGGCCACACAAAUGACUCCACCGGCCAUACAAAUGACUCCACCGGCCACACAAAUGACUCCAUCGGCCACACAAAAUACUCCACCGGCCAUACAAAUAACUCCACCGGCCACACAACUGACUCCACCGGCCACACAAAAUACUCCACCGGCCAUACAAAUAACUCCACCGGCCAUACAAAUGACUCCACCAGCCACACAAAAUACUCCACCAGCCACACUAGUUACUCCACCGGCCACACAAAUAACUCCACCGGCCACACAACUGACUCCACCGGCCACACAAAAUACUCCACCGGCCAUACAAAUAACUCCACCGGCCACACAAAAUACUCCACCGGCCACACAAAAUACUCCACCAGCCACACUAGUUACUCCACCGGCCACACAAAUGACUCCACCGGCCACACAAAUAACUCCACCGGCCAUACUAGUUACUCCACCGGCCACACAAAUAACUCCACCGGCCAUACUAGUUACUCCACCGGCCACACAAAAUACUCCACCGGCCAUACAAAUAACUCCACCGGCCACACAAAUGACUCCACCAGCCACACUAGUUACUCCACCGGCCACACAAAUGACUCCACUGGUCACAUAAAUGACUCCACCGGCCACACAAAUGACUCCACCGGCCACACAAAUGACUCCACCAGCCACACUAGUUACUCCACCGGCCACACAAAUGACUCCACCGGCCACACAAAAUACUCCACCGGCCAUACAAAUGACUCCACCGGCCACACAAAUGACUCCACCGGCCACACAAAUAACUCCACCGGCCAUACUAGUUACUCCACCGGCCACACAAAUAACUCCACCGGCCAUACUAGUUACUCCACCGGCCACACAAAAUACUCCACCGGCCAUACAAAUAACUCCACCGGCCACACAAAUGACUCCACCAGCCACACUAGUUACUCCACCGGCCACACAAAUGACUCCACCGGCCACACAAAAUACUCCACCGGCCAUACAAAUAACUCCACCGGCCACACAAAUGACUCCACCAGCCACACUAGUUACUCCACCGGCCACACAAAUGACUCCACCGGCCACACAAAAUACUCCACCGGCCACACAAAUGACUCCAUCGGCCACACAAAUGACUCCACCGGCCACACAAAUGACUCCACAGGCCACACAAAUGACUCCAUGGGCCACACAAAUGACUCCACCAGCCAUACAAAUUACUCCACAGGCCACACAAAUGACUCCAUGGGCCACACAAAUGACUCCACCGGCCACACAAAUGACUCCACCGGCCACACCAAUGACUCCACCGGCCACACAAAUGACUCCACCGACUCCACCGGCCAUACAAAUAACUCCACCGGCCAUACAAAUGACUCCACCGGCCACACAAAAUACUCCACCGGCCACACAAAUGACUCCACCGGCCACACUAGUUACUCCACCGGCCACACUAGUUACUCCACCGGCCACACAAAUGACUCCACCGGCCAUACAAAUAACUCCACCGGCCACACAAAUGACUCCACCGGCCACACAAAAUACUCCACCGGCCAUACAAAUAACUCCACCGGCCACACAACUGACUCCACCGGCCACACAAAUUACUCCACCGGCCACACAAAUGGCUCCACCGGCCACCUCCACCGCCACACUAGUUACUCCACCGGCCACACAAAUGACUCCACCGGCCACACAAAAUACUCCACCGGCCAUACAAAUGACUCCACCGGCCACACAAAUGACUCCACCGGCCACACAAAUAACUCCACCGGCCAUACUAGUUACUCCACUGGCCACACAACUGACUCCACCGGCCACACAAAAUACUCCACCGGCCAUACAAAUAACUCCACCGGCCACACAAAUGACUCCACCAGCCACACUAGUUACUGCACCGGCCACACAACUGACUCCACCGGCCACACAAAAUACUCCACCGGCCAUACAAAUAACUCCACCGGCCACACAAAUGACUCCACCGGCCACACAAAAUACUCCACCGGCCAUACAAAUAACUCCACCGGCCACACAACUGACUCCACCGGCCACACAAAAUACUCCACCGGCCACACAACUGACUCCACCGGCCACACAAAAUACUCCACCGGCCACACAACUGACUCCACCGGCCACACAAAAUACUCCACCGGCCACACAAAUGACUCCAUCGGCCACACAAAAUACUCCACCGGCCACACAAAUGACUCCACCGGCCAUACAAAAUACUCCACCGGCCACACAAAUGACUCCACCGGCCACACAAAAUACUCCACCGGCCAUACAAAUAACUCCACCGGCCACACAAAUGACUCCACCAGCCACACUAGUUACUCCACCGGCCAUACAAAUGACUCCACCGGCCACACAAAUGACUCCACCGGUCACACAAAUUACUCCACCGGCCACACAAAUUACUCCACCAGCCAUACAAAUGACUCCACCAGCCAUACACAUUACUCCACCGGCCACACAAAUUACUCCACACGGCAGACUGGCGCCUCUAUGUUGACGGGAGUGGAGUGGAAGCGUGAUGCCCUGGCAUAUGGUACAAGUGGUGCCCAGACAAGGCAGAAGUGGUGCCCAGACAGGGCAGAAGUGCAGAAAGGUACUUUGAUAGCAUGUUUGAGGGCAGAGCCCGGAUACAUGGCAGAAGUUUCUGGAUAG